AUGGUUGAGGGCCCCGGCGACCUUUUCUUUGGACACGAGGCCGAGGACGACUCCACAUUGGGAAUCUCCGAUGAGGAAUACGAGGGGAUCCUGGGGAUGGUUGAGGGAAAACCUUCACUAGUGGCGGCUGUGAGGCCAAAGAGGAAGCUGGUGGGGGAAACCAGCAGGAGCCAAAGGAGGAGCCAGACUAACGGCCUGGAUAAUGACGUGGCCGAGGAGCAGCUUGAUCAAAAGCCAAAAAUAAAGGAAAAGUUGUUGGCCGUGGCUUUUAACAAGGUAAUACCCAGAGAUGAGCCAAACAAAUACCGAUACCUCAAGCCGUUGUACAUCUCGGCUCAUGUAGAGGGUGUGCCCGUGUCCAAUGUCUUCAUUGACUGUGGGGCGACGGUCAACAUCCUUCCCUAUUCCCUAAUGAAGAAGCUGGAUAAGUCAAAGGAGGACCUUAUCCCCAGCGACGUGGUCAUGAGCGAUAAAUCUAAAACCAUCGGGGUAUUGCCGUUGAAAAUCACCGUGGCCGACCAGACCAGAGUCGCGGCCUUCUACGUAGUCGAAUCCAGUGUGGACUACAAUAUAUUGCUCGAUCGUGACUGGAUCCAUCAGUCCAGAUGCUGUUGA